AUGCCCUCCCCACCCGUAUUGAUCUUCAUGGUUAUCUUUUUCCUGGAGUCUGCUGCAAUGCUGCAGAAUGGCUUCAUUGUUGCUGUGCUGGGCAGGGUGUGGGUGCGAUGCCGCACAUUGCCCACAGGUGAUAUGAUUGUGGCCUAUCUGGCUGCCUCCCAGUUCUGCCUGCAUGGGAUGGCCCUCCUGAACAACCCCACGGGCUCCCUUGAUUUUUGUUCCAAAGUUUACUAUUUCAACAUCCCGUGGGACUUUAUCACCAGUCUCAGUUUCUGGCUUACUGCCUGGCUUGCUCUCUUCUACUGUGUCAAAAUUUCAUCCUUCUCUCAUCCCAUCUUCUUCUGGCUGAAGUGGAGGAUUUCUCAAUCAGUGCCCAGGCUGCUGCUGGGAUCCCUGAUCAUAUCUGGUGUGACAGUCAUCUCAUCUGUCACUGGGCAUAGCAGUUCCCAGAGUUCCCAUGGAAAUCACACUCUGGCUGAUAGAAUAUGGACCUUCUCUCAGCCCUUUUUUCUAUCUGAAGAGGUGUUUGUGUUGUCUAUUCCCUUCCUCCUGAUCCUGGUGUCCACCCUCUUGCUCAUGUUCUCACUGCGCCGGCACUUGUGGCAGAUGAGGGACCACAAACCUGGUCCACGUGAUCCCAGCACCCAGGCUCACACCAUGGCCCUGAAGUCACUUGCCUUCCUCCUUGUCUUCUACACAUCACAUUUCCUGUCCCUUAUUAUUGCUGUUAUGAAAAUCACAAGCCUUCAGAAUCACUGGCACUGGGCCUGGGAAGUGGUGACCUAUGCAGGCAUCUGUCUGCACUCCAGCAUCCUGGUGCUAAGCAGCCACAAGUUGAGAAAGGCUCUGAAGAUGCUGUCUUGGAAAGCCCUGGAGAAAAGGUGGUUCAUCUCAAGUUAUCAGUAUCAUUAA